AUGUCUGUCAAACUCACCCUCCAGCAGAAGCUGGACUUCCUCCCAGCCAUUGCCUCCAUUACCCUCGCUGCCUUCUAUGGAAUUAUAACCGGCCUUUGGCGCACCGAGCGACAAGCCAAAACCCUGUUCCUUCACAUCGGCUAUGCCGUCAUGCGCAAGGUCACCGCACGCCUUACCCCGGCGCAAAUGCAAUACGCCACGCCCGCGUCCAACAAAGUCUACGAACAAUACGCCCGCAAGGCCCGUAUCCAAGCCCAAACAGUCCAGCUGGAACAUGGUGCGCUUGGCCACUGGAUCGGUGAUCGCGAUGCGACCAAUGUGAUGAUCUGGUAUCACGGCGGCGGAUUCGGCCUCCCCGCCAACAUUGGCUACUUCAAAUUCUACGCCCAGCUCAUCCAAACCCUCAAGACCUCCAACAAAUCUCUCGCCGUCUUCUCCCUUACCUACACCCUCGCCCCGGCCGAAACAUACCCAACUCAACUAAAACAGGCCGUUUCCGCAGCGCGCUACAUCCUCUCAACCGGCCGAUCCCCCGAUACAAUCUUCCUCGGCGGCGAUUCCGCAGGCGGAAACCUCGUUAGCGGUGUCCUCUCCCACCUCGCCCAUCCCCACCCUCAAAUUGAACCCCUCUCCCUUCCCAACAAUGGCAAACUCGGCGGCGCAGCCAUGAUCGCACCAUGGACCCUCCUCGACACCGAAUUCCCCGACCAGGAGAUCUACCAUGGCGGUGACCUGAUCACCCAGGCCGUCGCGCAACCCUGGGCUAGUGCGUACAUUGGCAAGAGUCCGCGGGACAAUUACACCGAUCUAUCCAAUGCGCCGGUGGAGUGGUUUAAGGAUUUCCCUGUCAAUCGCGUCCUUAUCACGGGUGGCGGUAAUGAAAUUCUGCUUCCGAUUAUUCAGGACUUUGCGGCGAAGUUCAAGGAAGGUUUUGAACGGGUGGAGUUGUUUGUGGGACAUCGUGAGUGCCAUGUUGCGCCAAUUUACAACUUGUACCUUGGUGAUAUGACGGAAACUGCCCAGGGGAAGAAGGUUAAGAGCUGGCUGGUUGAGUUGGCGGAGUAA